GGCGGGCUGCCGGGGUGGCCUGUGCACGGCGGCGGCGACGGCGGUGGCCUGAGCCGCGCGGUUCCGCAUCCGCCGAGUGUGAUGAGGCUGCCCUGCGUCGGGGCUCCGCUCGCCGCCAGCUGACAGCGCCGGCACCCAGCCCGCCCGCGAGGGCUGACGCCGCGGGGCCGUGACCUUGGCCGAGGAGUCUCUCUAACCCUCUGCAGGGCAGACGGAUCGUUCCAGUGCCUGAGAGCUGACCAAGUGUGGGGUGACAUGGCCCAGGGGAAUAAUUACGGGCAGACCAGCAACGGGGUGGCGGAUGAAUCACCCAACAUGCUGGUGUACAGAAAGAUGGAAGACGUCAUAGCACGCAUGCAAGAUGAAAAAAACGGAAUUCCUAUUCGUACCGUCAAAAGCUUUCUUUCCAAGAUACCUAGUGUCUUCUCUGGGUCAGACAUUGUUCAAUGGUUAAUAAAGAACCUAACUAUAGAAGAUCCAGUGGAGGCACUACAUUUGGGAACAUUAAUGGCUGCCCACGGCUACUUCUUUCCAAUCUCGGAUCACGUCCUCACACUCAAAGAUGAUGGCACCUUUUACCGGUUUCAGACACCCUAUUUUUGGCCAUCAAAUUGUUGGGAGCCAGAAAACACGGACUAUGCCGUUUAUCUCUGCAAGAGAACAAUGCAAAACAAGGCAAGGCUGGAACUAGCUGACUAUGAAGCUGAGAGCCUGGCCAGGCUGCAGAGAGCAUUUGCCCGGAAGUGGGAGUUCAUUUUCAUGCAAGCAGAAGCACAAGCAAAAGUGGACAAGAAGAGAGACAAGAUUGAAAGGAAGAUCCUCGAUAGCCAAGAGAGAGCAUUCUGGGACGUUCAUAGACCUGUGCCUGGAUGUGUAAAUACCACUGAAGUGGACAUUAAGAAGUCAUCCAGAAUGAGAAACCCACAUAAAACACGGAAGGUUGUGAAUUCCAAUGGAGGAGGAAGCAUACCUAUCUUUGUUUAUUUCUACAUCCCUAGUGCUCAGCAUUAUCUCCAGCAUACAUCUGUCUAUGGUUUACAAAAUGACAUUAGAAGUCACAGUCCUACCCACACACCCACACCAGAAACUAAACCUCCAACAGAAGAUGAAUUACAACAACAGAUUAAAUAUUGGCAAAUACAGUUAGAUAGACAUCGGUUAAAAAUGUCAAAAGUUGCUGAUAGUCUGUUAAGUUACACGGAACAGUAUGUAGAAUAUGACCCAUUUCUUGUGCCACCUGACCCUUCUAACCCAUGGCUGUCUGAUGAUACUACUUUCUGGGAACUUGAAGCAAGCAAAGAACCAAGUCAGCAGAGGGUAAAACGAUGGGGUUUUGGCAUGGAUGAAGCAUUGAAAGACCCAGUUGGGAGAGAACAGUUUCUUAAAUUUCUAGAGUCAGAAUUCAGCUCAGAAAAUUUAAGAUUCUGGCUAGCAGUGGAAGACCUGAAGAAAAGGCCUAUUAGAGAAGUCCCUUCCCGAGUUCAGGAAAUAUGGCAAGAAUUUCUGGCUCCUGGAGCUCCCAGUGCCAUUAACUUGGAUUCUAAGAGCUAUGAUAAAACCACACAGAAUGUGAAGGAACCUGGACGAUACACAUUCGAAGAUGCUCAGGAGCACAUUUACAAAUUGAUGAAAAGUGAUUCAUACCCACGUUUUAUAAGAUCCAGUGCCUAUCAAGAGCUUCUACAGGCAAAGAAAAAGUCGGAACACUCAAUGGAUCGCAGAACAUCUUUUGAGAAAUUUGCACAGAAUGCGGGCAGAAACAUCCCUAUUUUCCCAUGCCAUAAAAACUGUACACCAACACUGAGGGCCAGCACUAACCUGUUAUGAAAAAGAGGGGAAAUCUCUCACGUCAAAGAGGUUAACAAGCCUCGUUCAGUCCUACUAAAAGGAUCAUCUUGUAGCAUGGAAGCAGACUGGAGUCAUUGCAUAUACUUUGUAGCUCUUUGUUGUUACCUGGAGCAGAGGACAUUAGGCCAAGAUGUUGCAUGAGCAAAGGACCUGAAUUGUUCUCUCUUUGUGUACAUUCAGGCAUUGCCAUUCCAAGGGACUCUACCGUCUCAAUGCCUCCACUGCAAAAUGUUGUCUGCUUACUUUCUCCUUGUACUAAGCUGGAUCUGUGUCGUUUCCUUUUUAACAAGUUCAAGUGGAGUAAACCUUUUUUUUUUCUUUCUCUUAAAGCUUCUGCUAGACACACAGUUCACUGAAAAUUCACUCAGUCAAAAACUGGAAGAAUUGUAAAAGAAAAAAGCAUAUAUCAAUAAGUAUACAUAUGGCUUCACGUUUAUUAAACAAUAAGUUAGCACAGAAAGUUUCAUUUCACCAAUGUGUUCACAGUCAGAAACAAGCUUUGUCUUUGUUGUCUGUACAUUCUCAGUUAAUGUUUCUUGCAUUUAUUUUUAUACCAUAUUUAAAUAAGAAACACCUUUUACUCCAAAUGUAUUAAAGUUGAUCCCUUCUCUGUAAAUUUGUGUAUGUUUAUAUUGUUGUUUUAUCUUUCAUUAAAAGAUGCAGAAUCUC